GCGGAAGUCAGUGCGAGAGUAACUUUUUGAACAGGAUAGCUUAGCUUUAAUUUGGCUUUAAAAUGAAUGAAACUACAUCAAGAACAAUGAGUUCACCUGAGAGUCUGAGAGAGUUUAUCACAGAGAGACUAACUGCUGCUGCUGAAGACAUUUUUGUAGUUUUUAAAAGAACUAUCGUCGAGUACGAGGAGGAGAUCGACCGUCAGCGCAGACUGCUGGAUAUCGCCUGGAAACCUCACAUCUACCUGCAGAGGACAGAUGAGUCACAGCAGCAGGAGUUUAAAGAGGAGGAGGCUGAGCAGCAGCUCUGUAACCAGGAGAGGAACUCCAGCCUGGACCAAGAGGAGCCAGAGCCUCCACAGAUUAAAGAGGAAGAGGAGGCAGAGCAGGUCAUAGUGAAGGAGGAGACAGACACAUUCAUGCUGACUGACCACAGUGAAGGAGAACUACUAAACGAACAUCUGUUCCUUUCUAACAACUCUCAUAUGUCUGAGGAUCAAGAUCCCAGAGGAAGUGAAAACAGAGACUCAGAAUCAUGUAGAACAUCAGAAACCAAACAAAACAGAAACAUUUUUUGUCACUCUCAGCUAGGUCAGACGUCUUUAAAAUGUGAUACAUGUGGUGAUGAUUAUAAGAAGACACAUCAGUGUCACUCCAGUAAAAAGACGUAUACAUGCAAGGCUUGUGGGAAAAUAUUCACUUCAAAGUGGCAGCUGGCCAAACACACAGUAACCCACACAGGUGAGAUGCCAUUUUCAUGUGAGAUCUGUCAGAAAGACUUCCUUUUUAACAGCAGGUUAAAGAGCCACAUGAGAUCACACACAGGAGAGAAGCCUUAUUCAUGUGAGAUAUGUGGGAAAGAUUUCACUUUCAACAGUAAACUAAAAACCCACAUGAGAAUUCACACAGGUGAGAAGCCGUACUCCUGCAGCACCUGUGGAAGCACGUUCACUAAGAUGUCCAGCUUAAACGCUCAUUACAGAAUUCACACAGGUGAGAGACCGUACUCCUGCAGCACCUGUGGGAAAGGAUUCACCCAGAAUUCAAGCUUAAUUGCCCACAAAAGAAUUCACACAGGUGAGACGCCGUUUACCUGUGAAAUAUGUGGCCGGUCUUUCAGGAUGAAGUUUAAAUUAAAAGUGCACAUGGGUAUUCACACAGGUGAGCGGCCGUUCGCCUGUGAUACCUGUGGGAGAGGCUUCACUUUGAUGUCAGACUUAAAUGCUCAUAAUAAAAUUCACACAGGUGAGAGGCCGUUUACCUGUGAGAUAUGUGGCACGUCCUUCAGAAAGAGAGAUAAAUUAAACAUCCACAUGAGAACACACACAGGUGAGAGGCCGUACCCCUGUGAUACCUGCGGGGCGUCUUUCGCCCAGAAAGCUCAUUUAGAUAAGCACAUGAGAACUCACACAGGUUAGAGACUGCACACCUGAUGUGGGCGGUCUUUCUGAUACUGAUCUUUUUGGACCGUUCACAUGAGAGGAGCUCACACAGGUGAGAAGCCGUAGCUUCGUCAGAUCUGCAGUAGAAGGUUCUAGAACUCUUCCAUGGGUGUGCAGACGUAUUGGGGAUGAUAUCGUUGAAGUCAUAGCCGCAUCACAGUUUCCCACAAAGCGAGGGUUCCUGUUGGAGUUGAAUCAUGCAGUGUCUUUUCAAGAGUGUCAUCCAGAUGGUUCACUGUUUCUGAUGCUGUGAUUGGUGGUCAGAGCCCUUAUGUUUCUGGGGCGUCCAUCGGUCUUGGUCAUUCUUGUAAACGCAUCUAAAAAACUCCUCAAUGGAGUUACGUCAAACUUUGCACAUAAGUCAGAUUAGCAAUGUUUUUUCAGUAAUAUAACUUAACGUGUCUCUUUAUGCCUGCUUAAUAAAAUGUUGCAUGCACCAUUAACUCUUGUGUUAUUUAUAUAAAUAUAUAUAUUUUUGAAUAAUGCCGUGACUUUCUUUUUUCUUGUUUUUUGAGUGCCAAAAAUGGCACUUGUCACCUGUUUUUGUCAAUUGUGUACUUGAGUGCAAAAUCUGACUUUUCGAAUGAAUGUUAUGUUUAGAUGUAAUUUUAAAUCCUUUGAUUGGAACAAAAAUGAGUAGUAAAUGUGAAGAGAAAAUCAGAUUAGAGAGAACAAUCAGAGGCCACACCUCUACUGUCGGUGCUUAAAAAGUGCGCCACACACCUGAGCUAAACUGCGCAUGUGCUACUUUUUGAACAUAGUUGCGGCAAUAUCAGAAAUUCCUGUUGAUGUAGUUUAGCUAUUGAUCUGAUG